UAAUCCAGCUACGGGCGCACUGCUUGGGCGUUUCUUUUUAUUUACGUUUGUGAAUUUGUCUUAUUUUGCUAGGAAAAUCCAAUAGUUUAGCCUGAAUCUUGAAAUAAAAUGCAUUCCCAGACGAAUCUCAUAGCAGUGCUGCUGCUGGCAGCUCUAAUUCACGAAGGCUCUGCGAUUUGGUGCUACCGCUGCACUUCGGCCACGCCCGGCUGCGCGGAGAACUUUAACUGGCGGGGAAUAGGAUUCCUGGGCGAGCGCUGCCCAGAACCCAACGACAUUUGUGUCAAGGUGACUGAGAGACGCGGCGCCAUGGAAACAAUCACCCGCGAUUGCCUCAGCGCACUGAGCUUCCGCAAGGACAUUCCCGCCGAUAAGUACGAGGGCUGUCGUCCGGCCGCCAAGGACGAGAGGCUGGCGCACUACGUCAACCACACGAUCAAGGAGCACGACGUGCGGCGAGACUACUUUAUGGACACCACGUUUUGCUUCUGCUUCCUGGAUCACCGCUGCAAUGGAGCCAGUGGACUGCAGGUGUCGGCAAUAAUGGGUCUCCUUGCCGUGGCCACUGCGCUGCUCCUUCGCUAGAAUCUCCAAUAGAGUGGAGUGCCCAAGUGCCUUACUAACUCACUCAACAACGACGAGUCUCGUCCAACAUUCCGUCCGCACACUUUGUACAACUUUUUGACAUGGCUUUACAGCUUUUGGAGUCUUGUGUUUACUCAACUAAUUAAAUACAUUUUACCAUAUUUAUAAACAGGA